AUGAUGCAACCUUCUCAAAGUAUUAUUGGCAGUGGUAUGUUAUCACCAGAUGCAUGUGGUGAAGAGAUGGCAUGUUUAAAACUGCAUGCCGCUACAGAGACUGCGCGCCGCUGCGCACGAUUACGAGUUAAUGAAGGAAAAUUGGCCAGGACUAAUUUACGAUUGGAGAAAUUGACAAAAGACAAGGAACAAUACAAGUUGGACAUAGUGAACCUCAAGGCGAAGUUGUCGCUGUGCGGCGCACAGGAGCAGGAGUCUCGCGGGGCGGAGGCCGAGGCCGAGGCGGCGGGCAAGCUGCAGAGGCAGCUACAGGACUUGGAAGAGCGCCUCGUUCGCACCCAGGAGUUGCUCGAUGACGCCGUCUAUGAGAGGGACACUUAUAAAACUAAGGUAGACGAACUAAAGCAAGACCGGGACAAAUGGCUGUCUCUCAGCCAGCGCGAGAGCGACCGCGCGGCCUCGCUGUCGGAGGAGCUGGAGGCCGAGCGCCGACACGCGCACUCGCUCAAGGAGCUCGUCAACGAGCUGCGCCAGCACAACCGCCGCAACGGCCUCGACUCCAGCCAGCUCGAGUGUGACGACCCCGACGCCAGCAUACAGUCCUUGACGCAUAAUAUUUCUGUAUGUAGUGAAGCGUGUGCGAAUGUCGUAGAAGUUCAACUUGGGGAGGAAAAAGCCAAAGUUGAGGCUCUCAAACAGCAGCUUCAAAGGCUAGAGCACGACAUGAAUGAAUUAAACCAGAAAACAGAAAAAGAUAAACAAAACUACGAAAAACAGAUCUCAGAACGAGAUAGUGACAUCCUCGAUCUCAAACAUCGCUUCAAUGAAGAAGUUGAGGAGAAGAAUAAUCUGAAAUCCCAAUACAAUGAUGACAUUAGCAGAUUGAAUAACGAAAUAAAUGAACUUGAACAAAAGAUAAAAGAUAACAAUGACAACUCACGGCUGAUGAUUGAAAAUAAAAUGCAAGAAAUUAAAACAUUGCAGGAGGAAAAAUUAUCACUUCUGCAAAGUCUUACUAACGAGACAACCAAGUUAGAGAACAUCAUAACUGGGCUGAAAGCUGAACUGGAGACUGAGAAACAAGCGAGGUUGACCAUGAGAGAUAGUUACGAGAACCAAAUGAUGAAGCUCAAUGAAAAAGUAUUAAAUAGAAACAAUGAACUUGUUGAGUUACAAAACAGUAUUUUUGAAAAAGGCGAGAUGAUUGAAACACUGCAAAUGGAUUUGAGAAACGAGAAAGAGAUCUCAAAUAAAUACCAUAUCAACGUGCGUCAGCUGAGCGAACAGAAACGGGAAGUGGAGAACAAGUUACAAGAUAAAAAUGACGAAAUGAAUGCAAUGCAAAAGAGUCUCGAACAUAAUAUUUCAACAGUAUUAAAAGAAGCUGAUCAUUUCAAGAAUUUAGUGUCCAGCUUGCAAGAUCAUUGCAGAGAAUUAGAGCAAUGCAAAACACAACUGGAUGGUGAAAUAAAGAAGCAGGCUACUAGAUUCGAAGAAUUACUCAAGGAUAUGGACAAUCUCAAAAAUACUUAUAAUGAGGAAACUAAAAAGCUCAAGUUUGACUUAGAUGAGAAAAAUGCUAUUAUAAACUCAUUGCAGACACAGUUACAAGAUGAGAUACAUCAUAAGAUCGGUUAUCAGGAAGAACUACAGAGACUGCAGGCGGCUAAGCUCCACUUGUCGGAAGAGUUGAACAAGCUUAAUGUGGAGUGUUCUAAAGUAAAGAUAGAACUGACAGGAAAAGAGCGGACUAUCGAGUCCUUGGACUUAUGCUUGAAAGAAGCCAGAGAUACGAACGACAAGUUGAAAUCAGAUAAUGAGAAACUGAACCAAGAAUUGAUGAAGAUGUCCAAUGAGAUCACACACAAGAAUAAUAGUAUAGAAAUACUUAACAGUACUUUUGAAACUACUAAGAAAUCUUUGGAGGAGCAGCUCUCUUCUCAAGCUGAAACAAUUGAUUAUAAUAAUCAUAAGAUCGCUACUUUGACUGGUAAGAAGAAAUCUUUGCAAAGUCAAAUAGAAGUCAUAAAUACAGAAAAAGCUAAACUAGAGAACGAUCUAGUCGCGAAGAAUAAACAGAUAUCACAGCUGCAGGCAGAAUGUGAGAAGCUCACCAAAACUAUUGACGAAAACAAGAAAGCAAUCCGAAGUUUGGAUCAGAACAUGACUAAAGAAAAACAAAAAUAUUCAGCACUUGAGACCACUUGCAACUCAGAAAUGUCUAAAAUUAUGGGCAAACUAAGUGAUACCGAAAAGACCAUUAAAGAACUGAGUUCUAAUUCUAGGAAAUCUAUUAAAAACAAGGAUCAUCAAAUUCAUACGCUCAAUAAUGAAAUUGAAAGCCUCAAGAGGGCUUUAGACAUUGAUAGAGAAAAUAUAACUCUAAUCAACAAGGAAAGAGAUGCAUUGACUCAAAAGUUGAAUGAAGAGAUUUCUUUCAAAAACAAAAUUGAAAAAGAAUAUCAGAAUCAAUGCAGUAACCUCGAAAAUGUCACUUCUCUACUUAAUGAGGAGAUUUCCGACAAGAACCGCGAAAUUGCCAAGUUGAAAAUGGAACAUGAAUUGGCGAUGAAAACCAUUGAAGGAAAAUGUAAAGAAAUUCGACUACUAGGAGAGAGGUUGUCCAAAGAAGAUCAACUUGUCAGAGAUAUAGCUCACCAGAAAACUGUUGAGACAAAAGAUUUACAAAAGAAGAUCAAUGAAUUACAAUCAUUGAAUCAUGACUUAGAACAAGAAGUCAAGCAGGCCAAUGAUUGUAAGAAACAAACAAUAGAAGCAAUGCGGAAGGAAAAUGAACAGCUGCACUUUGCCAUAGAGGAGGAUAACAGUAAUCAUGAGGUUUUAGUCAAAGAAAAGGACUGUAUCAUCGACAAGUUAGAACAACAAUUUAAAGAACAGACUGUUCAACUUGAAUCUAUCAGGAAAGAUUACGAAAAUAUUACACUAACUCUAGAGAUAUACAAAGUUGAGACUAAACAAAGUAUUGAGGCAAAAGAAGAACUAGUAAGCAAAUUAACACAUGAAGUUGCAGCGAUGCAGCGAACUCUAGCUGAUCUUAAAAAUGAAAGAGAUCUAUUGAGCAAAAACCUUGAAACAAUGGCUCAACAAAUGAAAGAAGCUGAGAACAAGAACAGAGAAGAAGUCGUCAAACUCGUAGAGACUUUAAAUCAUGAAGAGAUCACUAAUGCUGUCAGCAUGAAAGAAAAAGAACUUCUGCAAAAUCAGCUUACAGAGGAAAAGGCUGCCAGAGACAGUCUUCAAACAGAAAAGGAACAUCAAAAUGAAGAAAUUAAGGUUCUUGUUGCAGAUAAAAAGGAGCUUCUAAACGAAAAGGUUAUAUUAACACAGCAAAUUGCAGAAGAGCGGUCAGUUAGAAGGAUUUAUGAAGAAGAAAGAAAUGCGCUCGCGUCUCAAACAACAGCUCUCGAAAAGAAGUUAUUGAAACAGGUGGCUGCGACUGAAACUUUACUAGAAAAUAAAGAAUGUCUCACGCAGCAGCUCGUCGAAGAGAAAUCCGCUAAAGAACUAGCGGAGAAGGAAAAGGAAAAUCUUCUAAUGGAGAAACAUCUCAUAGAGCAAAAGAUAAUCGAAGUUGAAAAUAAUAAAGAAGAAAUGAGCAAGGAAAUUGACCAUUUGAUUGAAAAGCACUGUCUGCUAGACAAACAGUGCGUGCUAGAACGGGAAGCUAACGAGGUUCUAAGAGGAGAGAAACUGCAGUUGAUUCAGAACUUGACAGCAGAGAAGUCUUCUAACGAGGUGCUCCUCAAAGAAAAUAAAACUUUGAUUAGCCAAAAUGAAUCUCUGAAACACGACUUACAUGAAAUAAAAACGAUUCAAGAAGUUCUGGUGGCUGAUAAAGAGUUAUUACUGAGCGAAAAAGAAGGACUCGUCAAAUCAUUGGGCGUUGAAAAGUCGGCUCAUGAUGAAAUCGAAACAGAGAAAGAUCAGUUGAUCACAAAAUUAUGUGAAUUAAAUGAAAAUUAUAAAUCCAAGGUUGAUAUUGUACAAACGGAACUUGAGAAGGUUACUCAAGACAUGAAUAGUUUACAAAUAGAUUUUAAAAAACAAGAAGAAAUAAACACUCAAAUAACAACAGCUCUGAACAUUGGUCUAGAAAAAUUGGUGAAAGGCCUACAAAAAGAGGGAAUAGCCAACAAGGCAUUACAAAAGAUACUACAAUCCGACAAUAGGUACAAAGCCAGUGAUAAGUGUGAGACGCUGAUGAACAUUGCUGAUGUAUUGACCACGGAAUUAGUGAUGAGGCAUAAUCUGGAGAAGGCACUGGAACAUGGGAACACCUCGCUGGCUGAGCUCACGGAAAAGUUGAAGCAGAAGGAGAUGCUACUCUUAGAGUUGCAAGCAGAGGUCAAACGGCUGCAGCAAGUCGUUAGUGACAAUAAGAUUGAAUUAUCAAAACAAAAUGAGUCUUAUAACGCGACGAUUGAGAAACAAGCGAGAGAAAUGCAUGUCUUGCAACAAGAUAAUCAGUCUCUUACCAACGAUCUCAAUGAUGUUAAACUGCAAUUGGAGCUUAAAGUACAUUCUCUGAAGGAAAAACUAAUUGAUAAUGAAGAUUUAACGGAUAAACUGAAGAGUACCUACGAAUGUCAGCUGGACAACUUAAAUGUUAUGAUCACUAAGCUGACUAAUUAUUUGAAAGAUAAGUCUUUAGAGCUGGAAACUGUUAGGAAAGAAAAAGAUCGGGCCUUGCAAACUGUUGAGGAGAAAUGUGAAGUGAUUAAAGGUUUGGAAGAAGAAGUCAAAGCUGAAGUACAAAAGCAACAAAAAUUGAUCAAAGACUUUGAGUCUGAGAGGCAGAUACUUAAGAACAUGGUCACCGUCACUGAAUCUAUCAUGGAGGAUCAGAAAGUCACUCUUAAUAACGCUGUAGCCGAACAAGUCCGAGCCAACGAGGUAUUACAAGACGAAAAUAAAUCCAUUAACGAAUUACUUGAAAACAACAAGAAAGAUUUUGAAACCAAGUUACAGGAAAAAGAGGCAACUUUAGAGACACUCUUUAAAGAAUUAGCAGAAGUCCGACUCGAAAAAGAUAAGAUUGAAAAGGAAGUAAGCGUCGAAAAAGGAGAAUUAGGAAAUGAGGUGAAGAAUUUAGAAACAAAGUUAAUCGAGAAAGAAAAAGAAUUAGAAUCAGUGUACCAAGAAAUUGCAGAAUUAAGACGUGACAAAGACCUCAAACAAAUAAAAGAAAAUUUAGUGUCAGGAAUCAAAGAAAUUAUAUCAGAGUUGCAAAAGAAAACUGUUGAAUUAAAGCAAUUGCAAGACGAUAAGAUUACUCUGGAAGGUACAAUACAGAAAUAUAAACAUGAUAUGGUGUCGUUAGAAAAACGAAAUAGCGACCUUCAGUUGAAAGAGGCCGCCUUUGAUACAGAAUUACGUAUUGAAAUGGAUAACCUAAAUAAAGCUUUACAAGAACAAACAGAAACCAAUACAAACUUAGAAGUUACAUUGAAAGAAAAAACAGAUAUAAUCAAAGAAAUUGAAGAAAAAGCUAAAUUACUUCAAGAACAAGUUAAUGUAUUCGAACAAGAUAAAAAUACAUUGGAAGAAGAGAAAAUAGUCCUGCUGACUGAUGUUAAUGAAUUUAAAACUAAGGUCAGCCAUUUAGACACGACUAUUUCUGCUCAAAAAGAAGAAAUAACGAAAUUGAAUAAUGAGAAGCAGACUUUAGUGAAGAUUAUUGAAAAGAACAAAAAUGAAAUAUCAAGAUUGGAGCAACUCCUGAAAGAAGCUCAAGACCAGCACAAGAAACUGGGUGAUGACGUCAGCCACGAUAAACUAUACUUGAACAACAAAUGCGCGAUCCUACAGGAGUACCACGAUAAAGCUGAGGUACAACUCGAAGAGCGACAGAAAGAAAUCAUUGUGCUGCAAAAAGAACUCGACACGUUGAAAGCAAAAGUAAAACUAUGUGAAGAGGAAUCUAAAGCUAAAGAUGCGAUCGUAUCUAAAAUAAGUAAAGAAAAAGAUGUGGUUAUUGGCUCUAUAACUAAAGAGUUACAGGAUGAAAAAGCAGCCAAGGAUGUAUGCGAGAGAGAAAUAGAAGAAAAAACUAAGAUUAUUAAGUCGUUGAAACAGAAUUUAGAGGAAAUGAAUAUUGAGAGAGAAGCAUUGCAUAUUCUGAAGAAGGAGAACGCAGAGCUUAUAAAGGCUAUUGGACAUAGAGAUACAUUUGCAGCAGCGCAAAGCCAAGAGAGAACGUCCAGCCACAAGCACUCAGGUCACGCUGACAAGGAGCACCGCGACCUCCAACACCAGGUAGAUAACUCAUCAUCAGACAUGACACACUCUUCCACGGAGAGCUUAAAGACCAUCUCAGACUUAGAAAAGAUCAUCCAGGACAAGAACCGCACGAUCACGACUCUCAACAGUGACGUCACAUACCUCAAGACGCUGAUGGCCGAGUCCGAAACUAAACUCCUCGACGUCACCAAGGAGCUCGAGGUUAGCAAGGAGAACUGCCACCAGCUCUCCACUCAGCUCAAGAAACUUGUGCAACAGAAAAAUGACGAGAUCGCUGACCUCAAGAAACAAGUGAACAAAAUGAGCGUCACCGAGAACAGAGCCACGCAAAUCAUUAAAGUGUCGGCGAAGUACCAAGCGAUCAUUCUCAAGAGAAUCGCAGAAAUAAAGACCAACACUGUACUCAAGGAGCUCACUAACUUCGGCAACUCCAACUACGAUAGCGAAGUGAAACGCAGCCUCAGCGCUGGCACCAUCACCAUGGAAGAUCUGGAGAACUUCCUGGAGACCACGGACAGACAUCUGAGGAAGUGUUCAGAGAAGCAGGUGGCUUUACAAAAGGAACGAGACAGGUUGGCCGAAGUGAACAGGAUCAACGAGUCGGAAAUAAUAAACCUGAAGAAGUUUUUGACAGAGCUGUCCACCAGCUUCCAAGCAUUCAGUGCUGUGAAGGAGACGUACACGCAGAAGCUGAGCAAGGUGGUGUCCGUGCAGCGCACCGUGCGGCGCGAGGUGCUGAGCCUGCAGGGGCAGCUGUCGGCCGCCGCGCUGUGCUCGCUGGAGCGGGGCUGCGCGGCCGCGGCGCAGGACCUGGCGGAGUGCGCGCUGAGCCUGCAGCGCUGGCACGAGCGCUGCGUGGCGCGGACGGUGUCGGCCGAGAGGCUGCAGCACGCCUUCCUCAGCGACAGCGCCCGCGCGUCGCUGGCCGGCGCCAGCUUCCACAACGCCGCGCUGGACGUGCAGCUGGACGAGCUGGACGCCACCUUCCAGCGCCUGCUGGGCGACGCGGCGCGGGCGGCGCGGGGCGAGGGCCGGGACGACACCCAGCUCACCGUCAUGGAGGUCCGCGCCGAGUACGAGGACAAACUCAACAGAAUGAAGUCCAAAAUGAAGCAGCUGUACACGGAGCAGAUCGCGGCGUACAAGGAGAAGCAGCGCCUGGAGGUGGCGGCGCUGGAGCGGGAGCUGGCGGCGGCUCGGGCGAGGCUGGCGCAGUCGGCGCGCGCCUACGAGCAGCACAUCCGCGGCCUCACGUCCGAGCUGUGGAGCGUGGGCGAGCGCCUGCUGCUGCAGCGCGACGAGGCCGACUGGCUGCGCCGCAAGCAGCGCUCCGGCUCGCUCAUGUCGCUGCAGCACGUGCACUCCUCCGGCCUCGUCCCGUUCCAAGAGGAGCCGGCACGUCCGUCCGACUCGCACUCGCUGCGAUCUCUUCCUGUCAACAACAACGCCACUAGACGAGAGGGUCGCGGUCUACACAUGUCGGACGAAGAAGGCGAGGUGUUCGACAACCGUUGGCUGAAGGAGCUGGCCGCCACACCGCGGCGCGAGUCGGCUGUGUCCGGACAUCGGAAGUCCUCAGUGUCCGGACACCGCGAGUCCGGCGCCCCCGGACAGCGCCUGUCCGAGCUGCGCUGGCGCAACUCGCUGUGUCCGCCGCAUCUCAAGAGCUCCUACCCUGCCGAGACACAGUUCACACAUGCCGUCGAUGAGGAGGAUAUAAAGUGUAUCGGGCUGGCGGGCGCGGAGACGAAGCCGCAGCGCAAGGAGGUCGGCAUCACGGCGUACAAGAAGCCCGGCCCGCCCACGCCCAGCAAGCAGGCUGGCAGGUUAUCCGCUACUGACUCCGAGCUCCGCGAGUCGCUGCGCGUGGAAGCGGAGCCGCAGCCGUCUCGCAAGACUAGCACUCCGUCCCGGAUCCGGUCGCUGUUCCGAUCCUCCAAGAACGAUACCGCCGAAGGAACCCCACGAAGCAGAAGACUGAGUAAUAUUUUUAGGAAGAAGUAGCACUACUUAUAUCUAAAUAAAUUAGUGUAUUUAUAAAUGUUUGACAGUACGGAAACUUAGUCAAAUGCCUCUUCCGUCAGGAGCUUUUUUAAGAUAAUUUAAUAUUUUAUUAAUGUAUAGGAUUGUGUUAAUACAUUUUAUUGUAUAAUUUUUAUACAUACCGCCUGAAUGGCCGUUAUUUUUAACUCUGAUUGAGAACUUCUUUAUUUUUUAAGUGUUUUAAAAAUAAUAGCCAACGUCUCGUUUUUUUCCAAACUACUUUCAUUUGCCUCAUUGUUCUAUUCAAAUUUCAUAAAAACGUUCAUUUUACAAAGAACAAUUGUAACGACAAGUAUGACGAGUUUCCAUACUGUUAACAUGUUUAUCAUGUGGAAGUAGUUUUAUGAAAUUUGAUUUGUAAACGAAAUUUGUUAAUAAAUAAAUUAAUUUAUUGCUUUUUUUAAA